UGCGCCCGGCGAGUCCUUCGCGCCAUGGCUUCUCGUGGCGUCGUUGGCCUUUUCUUGCUCUCUGCUCUCCCUCUCUUGUGUCUGGAGCUCCGGCGCGGGAUCCCGAGUCUCGGAAUUAAAGACCUCAUUUUGCUGAGUGGCCGGAUAUUCCUCCUGCUGGCCCUGCUUACCCUAGUCAUUUCUGUGACCACCUCCUGGUUUAACUCACUGAGACCUUCCCAAGUCCAUCUGAAAGAAGGAGAAAAAGAGAAUGAGAAAAGACAAAGGCUCGUGAGGGAAAGGCAACAGGAAGCCCAGGGUGAGAAGGCCAGCAAGUAUAUACAGAAUGUUUUAAAGCCUCAGCAGGAAAUGAAGUUGAAAAAGCUGGAAGAGCGGUUUUAUCAGAUGACAGGGGAGACCUGGAAGCUGACCCCUGGCCACAGACUCGAGGGGGAUGAAGAUUCGGAGUUUGAAAAUUCAAGUCAGGCAUCUUUUGAAACAAUUAACGGAGAGGCAGUAAGAAGACAGAACUUGCCUAAGUUUUCACCUAACCUUUCACCACCUGCUCAGCCGCACUUGAGGAAGGUUCCUGAUUUACCUGAAGAACCAUCAGAAACAGCUGAAGAGGUAGUUACUGUUGCCCUUCGAUGCCCAAGUGGACGUGUUUUGAGGAGAAGAUUUAUCAAGUCGUGGAAUUCACAGGUCUUAUUUGACUGGAUGAUGAAGAUUGGGUACCACAAAUCCCUAUACAGCCUUUCCACGUCCUUUCCCAGAAGGCCCCUGGAAGUGGAGGGAGGCUUGUCGCUGGAGGACAUAGGAAUAACUGUGGAUACUGUACUUAACGUGGAAGAGAAAGAGCAGAGAAGGCAGUAGAGAGGUCAGGAGUACCAGUUGUCCUUCAACAGGAUGGUGUUCACAUUCCAGCCACGCUGUGCCUUGAGCAACUCCUGUCCACAGGAGCACCCACACCCACACACCGUGGACGAGGACUGCUUUGCAUAUGAUGGUCUGUGGCCUCUGUCAUCUAUGUGAAAGCGAGGUAGAAAGCAUGUAUAGUAAGACAGACAUUGGAUGUUAGGCCUCAGCCAGGCAUGGGGGGACAUGCCUCAACUCCCAGAACUUCUGAGUUAACCAGACCAUCUUCAAGCCAAACCCUAGCCUCUGUAAGAACUGAUCUCUGCUUGCGUCUACCUUACCAUAUAGUAUUUCACAUCUCAGUCAAAAUCUAAGGAGGGAUGUCGAUUCUAUUGUAUUUCUACAGAUUUAAAGAACGUCCGGAGCCAACUGAUCCUGUAUAAUUUUCACUUAGAUCUGGGGAUGAAGGUUUUGAUCCAUGAACUUUGGGGGACAUAUUGAUACUACAGUAAACAAGGCCGUUGUUGUUCAGUGGA